AUGACUCGUCGAAAAGCCAACCACCCCACCUCCCCUCCCCAGAACCCUAGGCCUACACACCAAUCCCACCGCCGUCAACAAUCCCAUCCUCACACUUCCUCGGGCCCCUCCCUUCAAGCUCUCCACGCUGUUCACGAUGCUCCAGCUUCCCUUGAGCAACUAAAUUCUCUUAACUUCCCAGUACUCCAAAAGUUCCUUCCGUCGUUAACACGCAUCCACCUUACAACCUCCUACUCAACAGCCUACAAAAUCCGGAACGGAAACUGGGAAAAACUCGACAUCGAAGGGCCUUUAUUCCUUCUCGAACUCCUUCCUUCACAUCCACACUUCCCAUCAUCAUCUUCUUCUCUAAACAACCUAGACCCCAAGAUGGUAGAAGGAAUGGGGAAAUACCACGCUUUCGUCUUAAACCGCAAGGGGGUGAACAACCUCCUAAUCCCACUCCCAAAAAGAAUUGAAAACGUAGAUACUACGAAUUCGGUACUUAUAAGCAUGUUGAUGGCUUGGGAGGACUGUUACGGUCUUAGUGUUUUCGAUCAGGAAGGGACAUCAACGGCUAGUGAGAGCGAAAGAGUUGGAGCAAAAGUUUUGGAAUUAGUCAAGGAGAUGGAAGAGAUUGAUGAAUCUGCUGCUGCUGCUGCUACUGCCGCUGCCGUUGCUGCUGCCAAAGAAGCUGAGAAUUUGAGGAAGAGAGUCGAGAAUGCGGAUCGAUUACAGGCAGAGUUGCAGGUUCAACCCCAAUGGGGACAACAACAGCAACAGGUCCCACAACAGGUCCCGCAGCAGAUUCCACAGAUGCUUCAUCAUCCUCAUCACCCUCAUCAUCCACAGAUGUCUCAACAUCUACCACCAUUGCAGAUGCAACAUCUUCACCAUCAACAACAAUAUUCAGGUUCGCCGGCAUAUAUGACGCCUACGGCCGAGUACGCCGGAGUCGAUCUUAUGGCCGCGUUAGGGCCGAAGUUGGGGAUUGUGGGGACCGGCAACAGCAAUGGUGGUGGUGGGAACAAUAGUGGAUAUAACAGCGGAGAUGGUGGGUAUACUAGUGCUGCUAGUGGAGCGGGAGGUAAAGGAAGGAAGAUUACUUUGAAUGAGCUUUUUGGCAAGCCUCUUGGCUAG